AUGGAUGCCGACGACGAAACGAAUGACAAUGUUGUAGAAGAAGAAGCUCAGGCUGAUCAAGAUGAGGAGGUUUCAGAUGCGGAUGAACAAGGGGGCGAGGAAGGAGCUGGUGGGGGACCAACAGAACCAACUUUGCCGAUUUCUGCUGUGGCAAACUUGGAUUCUCUGUACGGGCUUCGUGAGAUUGGAAAGGAAGCUCUUUGUUGGCAACUUUCGUCUGCGAAACCAGGAAACGGCGUGGAACAAAUCAGAGACCAGAGUACUGACACGUAUUGGCAAUCAGAUGGAGUAAGCCAGCCACACUCCAUCCAGGUCCACUUUGGACGACGGGUCGCCCUGUCACAUGUCUGUCUCUAUCUUGACUACAAUCUGGACGAGAGCUACACGCCGAAAACACUAUCUAUUCAAGUUGGUAUGACAACCCAAGAUUUGACGCCAGCAAUUUUUCCGGCCAACACUGUUGUUGAAUUAACGGAGCCAGUCGGUUGGUGUGUAAGUUUUCAAAAGCAUCGCCUCACAACACAUGCGGGUUAA